AUGAUGCUCGCUGUCUUCCUCCUUCUUUUCCUCCUCAAAGCUGUGGAUGGGGAAUCCUCUGAGACAGUGUGCAGUUAUCAGGAUGUUUUAAAGUACCUGAACUUGUCCAAAAACAAUGAGCUCUACUCCAUGACCCGGCCUGUUAAAAGCUACAAAAACCCCACACACGUGUCCCUGGAGGUACUGCUGUAUGCAAUUCUAGAUGUGAGAGAGAUUGACCAGACAUUUGUUCCUUACGUUUGGAUUUUCACGAGCUGGCAGAAUGAACACAUUUACUGGGAUACAAAUGACUUUUGUGGUAUUGAGACUGUUUCUCUUCCAAUUGACGUUUUGUGGAAGCCAGAUUUAAUGAUUGAAGAAAUGACAGAAAAGGAUAAAUCCCCUCAAAGUCCUCAUCUCACCCUCUACCAUACUGGUUUAGUUCGUGCUCAGGAUGACCAGGUACUGGUCAGCACCUGCAGGAUGCACGUUUACAAAUUCCCCUUCGACAUUCAGAGCUGUAACCUCUCGUUCAAGUCUGUCGUCCACUCUGUCAAGGAAAUACAACUUGUUCGCCAUCACAACUCAUCGCACGUCACAGAGUUGGUCGGCGAGAUGAUGCGUACCCAAUAUGAGUGGCUUUUCAUCAACAUGACAGUCACCAACAAAACUGUCAACAUGUUUGAAUUCCAACAAGAUGUGAUGAUUUACACUAUCACCAUGAAGAGACGUCCUCUCCUCUACAUUGUCAACUUCUUGGUGCCCAUCCUGUUCUUCUUCUGUCUGGAUUUGGCCUCCUUCCUGAUCUCAGACAGCGGGGGCGAGAAGCUCAGCUUCAAGGUCACUGUGCUGCUCGCUAUUACUGUAAUGCAGCUUAUUCUCAAUGAGAUUCUGCCUUCCUCUUCAGAGAGGAGCCCACUUAUAGUGGUCUACUGCAUUGGGAUCUUUUCUCUGAUGCUGCUCAGCCUCCUGGAGACGAUUUUGGUGAUGCAUCUGAUGGAGAAAGACUCUGCAUCCCAGGACAGCGAGUGUAGAGAGGAGAAGAAAUGGAUUGCGUGCAUCUGUGAUUCGUCUGCCGAUGAAACAUCAACUGAACUGCUGAAGGGUAGCAGCAGCCGACUGACGAAGGAGUCCCAUGCCUCAGAUGAGCUGAAGGAGGUGGUGAAAAUGCUGGCUGUGCUCCUCAACAGCAGGAAGGAGAAAGGGAAGCCCGGCUACUGGACCAGAAAGUAUAUCUUGGAGGACAUCUGGUUGGGAAUCGUUGCCUUACCCGACGGAGAUUGA